AUGGUGUCGCAUGUCGCACCCCCUCAGGAUCCCAACGACUUCCUGUGGAUCAUGACCGAGGAGCCUCAUCGCAGCCGACGCAUGGCCAUAAUGAAAGCUCAUCCCGAAGUCACAAAGCUCAUGGGAUACGAACCCAUUACCAAGUACGUGGUAGUCGGCGUGGUCUCUCUCCAGCUCAUCACGGCGUACUUGCUGCGGAACACGAAACUGUUGUCCCCUCUGUUUUGUCUCUGUGUCUACGUCAUCGGUGCAACGGCCAACCAUAACUUGUUCUUGGCCAUACACGAGAUCACGCACAACCUGGCAUUUAAGGGUAUCAAGGCAAACAAGGCGUUAGCAGUGCUUGCGAACCUGCCCAUCGGCGUUCCAUACUCAGCUGCAUUCAAGAGAUACCAUCUAGAGCACCACAAAUACCUCGGAGAAGACGGGAUAGACACGGACCUCCCAACCCACUUCGAAUUAAUCUGUCUCAACAACGUCCUGGGGAAGGUGUUCUUCGCGACAUUCCAAAUCUUCUUCUAUGCUCUGCGACCGGGUCUCGUACGGACGCAACAGUUAACGCAGUGGCAUCUGUGGAACGUGCUCGCUCAGCUUACCUUUGACUACAUCCUUGUCAAGACCUGCGGCGUCCGCCCUUUGAUCUACCUACUCGCCUCCAGCUUCUUCGCAGGCAGCCUGCAUCCCCUGGCAGGCCACUUCAUCGCGGAGCACUACGUAUGGGAUGGGCUCGAGCAGGAGACUUACUCAUACUACGGCCCGCUCAAUUGGUUUGCAUACAACGUCGGCUAUCACAACGAGCACCACGACUUCCCCUCUGUGCCUUGGACGCGGCUGCCAGCGCUGCGCAAGCUCGCGCACGAGUUCUACGACACGAUCCCGUCCCAUCCCUCCUGGCCCAUGAUCAUCGUGAACUUCAUCCGCGAUCCCGAGGUCGGCAUCUUCGCGCGGGUCAAGAGGCCGAGUGACUUCAGGGAGAAGCUCGCUGCGGAGAAGGCAACGGCGAAGCAGGUGGAGGGGAAAGGGAGCGGUUCGGAUGGGGGGAAGCAGUAG